GUCGAAAACAUAUCGCCUCUUCUCAUCAGAUUCAUACUCUCUCUCAAAACUCUCUUUUGAAAACCCAUCGCUUCUUCUCUCUCAAAACCCUAAAUUCACUUCUCUGAAUCUAUCGCGCAUACCCAAUUCUCUGUUAAGACGGUAGAAACCCCAUGAAGUUUGAAACCGUUGAGGGUUGGGUGUUUCAACAAUGGAGGUGAAGGACAUCGUGGUUUGGGUUCGUCGAGAAGAAGGGGACAUGAACGAAUGAAUUCAACCUUAUGAUCAUCCAUACUAUUUCACACUUAAGAUAUUGCAUGGAGGGUGCAUAUCAGACAACAAAUAUGUUGGAGGCAAAACAAGCUACUUUGACAACGUGGACAAAGAUAAGAUGUCUUUUGUUGAAAUAGAUAGUAUGCUACAGGGGAUUAAUCCAGCUCAUGCUCACCAACGGAUAGAUUAUUGGUAUAGAGUUGGUGAUGAAAGAGGGUGUUUAAUGAAGUUGGAGUCUGAUUGGGAUGUUUUGGUGAUGUGUACCCCUGUACCUCUUGUGAGAUUGAUAUUUCUCUACCUUGACCACAAGGAACCAGAAGAUGAUGACUUCUUAAUAUAUGAAGAUUUGUUUGUCAUGCAACCAAGCAAUGUUUUGAUAGAAGAGGCUAGACCUAGCAAGGGAGUAGUGAUAAAAGAACAUUCAGAGGGUGUGCCUACUCAAUGUAGCAUUGCUGGCGGGAAAAAUAAUAAGGAAAAAGGAAAGCAAAAACAGCUUGAGGUUCCUAAGGUCAUGAAGCCACGUAAAAAGGUAGUUCAGCUUGCUUGGGAAGGUUCAAAUGAUAUUGGGCAGUCAUCUAAUGGUUUUGGGUCAAGUGUUGUGGAGCAGGGUAAUCUGUUGCAGAAUGUGGCUGGGAAUCUGCAAGACUUUGAUAAUUUUGAUUUUUUGGAUUUUCUACAGUCCUAUGGUGGUCAGAGGCAAGGAAGAUUGGGUUAUGAAGAUGAACCUUCAAAUAGUGAGGAUUCUGAUUACGACCCUCUACCAGAUGAUGAGGACUAUGACAAGUAUGGAGAUGAUGAGGAUGAUUAUAUUGUUGAAGAAAUUGUGGAUGAAGAAGAGCAACGAAAAAGAUCACUUCUCAAUGGUUAUGAUGGAUCAAUAAAUGGAGAAAAUAUGCUGCAAGGGGGUAAAGAAUUUAUUGACAAUGAGGAUAUGUUUGGAGGAGUAGAUUCUGAUGAAGAACCGCCCAACUACAUUGUGAACUUUGAUGGUGAGAGGGAAGAACAAGGGUUGUACUUCAACCCUAAAAUUGACAUGGUCAGACCACGGUUCCAGUUGAACAUGAUGUUUGGUAGUGUCAUGAUAUUGAGGGAUGCUCUUAGACUGAUGGCUUUACUAGGGGGAUGGGAGUAUUAG